CCAAGUGUUGCGUAACACUCACAAACUGUCAUAUAAGACACGCUGCACACUCGCAUAUACUUUAACAGCAGUUAACUGCAGCACACUUCAGUUUUUCCGUUGUUCGGCUGUUUUACUUUGUCAAAAUGUCUGGAAAGGUUGUGUUGCAUUAUUUCAACGGCAGAGGGAAAAUGGAGUCUGUCCGAUGGCUUUUGGCUGCAGCUGGAGUUGAGUUUGAGGAGGUGUUUUUGACCAAAAGGGAGCAAUAUGAAAAAUUACUGAAUGAUGGAGCCCUGAUGUUUCAGCAGGUCCCUUUGGUUGAAAUGGACGGGUUGCAGCUUGUGCAGUCAAGGGCUAUCUUGAAUUACAUUGCUGGAAAAUACAACCUCUACGGAAAGGACCUGAAAGAGCGGGUUAUGAUUGACAUGUAUACCGAGGGAGCUAUUGACUUGAUGGAAAUGUUUUCGAAGCUGCCUUUCACACCACCUGACGACAAACAGAAACUGCUUGACAGUAUAGAGAGCAAAGCAAAAGAACGCUUCCUUCCAGUGUUUGAAAAGGGUCUUGCAAACUCUCAGUUCCUUGUGGGAAACCAGCUGAGCCGUGCCGAUGUUCACGUCCUUGAGGCCACUUUGAUGCUGCAGGAGUUGUUCCCUACAAUACUGUCAACAUUUCCAAAACUCCAGGCGUUUCAGGCGAGCAUGAAGGCCUUACCAAGAAUCAAGAAGUUCCUGCAGCCUGGCAGUGCCAGAAAACCUCCAGCAGAUGAGGCCCUCAUAAAAACUGCAAAGGAGGUGCUGAGCCACCUUUUUAAGUAGUACGGCCAAAGAAAACCGAACAAUUAACCAUCAUUUUAAUUCAUUUACAUCAAUGUUGCCUUAAUUCAACAAAGUUUACAGUUUCGUGUACUAUUUUACAUUCAGAGAAAAUACGUACAUCCUUCUCCUAUAGCACUUACAAGUCACAGGUUUAUUAUGUCUUACAAGUCUCUACAUGUAUGAUUUAAUAAUAAUAAUAAAAAAAAAUGUCAGUGAGA